AUGGACCAAGAUGGUCAAAAAGACGAAGCAGAAACGGUGUCGUCUUGCGGAAACGGUAAGAGCAAUAGCAAUAGCAAGAUUGUCCCUGGAGACGAUCACGAUGGAGACGAAAGCAGUGGUGGCUGUACCAAAAGAAGGAGGAAGAGAAAAUCGCAGAAAACUACGAAACGACGUGUGUUAGUGUCGUAUAGUGACCUACCGGACUACAUGAAGGAUAACGAAUAUAUAUUGAAUUAUUACAGAGCUGAUUGGUCCAUUAGGGAUGCUUUCUUUAGUGUCUUCAGUUUCCACAAUGAGUCCCUCAACGUUUGGACACAUUUGAUUGGUUUCAUCUUAUUUGUGGGACUAACCGUCGCCAACAUUAUUCAUCACGAUAAAUUCUUCCCCGUGGAUGCAAAGAGUCCAGGGAAUGUAACAAGAUGGCCAUUCUUCGUCUUCUUAGGAGGCUCAAUGUUCUGCCUACUCGCAAGCAGCAUUUGUCACCUCUUCUGUUGCCACUCCAAAGACCUCAAUGUCUUCCUCCUCCGCAUAGACUAUGCCGGUAUCACGGCCAUGAUCAUCACUUCUUUCUUUCCACCAAUCUUCUACAUUUUCCAGUGCACUCCUCGUUGGUACUUCAUCUACCUAUCAGGCAUCACCUUGAUGGGAAUCUUCACAAUCAUCACACUAUUCACUCCAUCACUUUCCUCUCCCAAAUACCGGGCUUUUCGCGCUUUGCUCUUCGCCUCCAUGGGGCUCUUUGGGAUCGUGCCAGCUGUCCACGCGCUAGUGGUCAACUGGGGAAACCCGCAAAGGAACGUGACGCUCGUGUAUGAGUUGGCCAUGGCCGUGUUCUAUCUUGUGGGGACAGGGUUCUAUGUAGGGAGAGUGCCUGAGAGGCUUAAACCGGGAUGGUUUGAUCGUGUGGGACAUAGUCAUCAGAUCUUCCAUGUGUUCGUUGUGUUGGGUGCUUUGUCUCACUAUGCAGCUGCUCUCUUGUUCUUGGAUUGGCGUGACCAUAAAGAAAAGAAAAGGAAUAUGAUAGAGGAAGAUUUAGCGAAAUCAAGAGCGGCCAUACGGGAAGCCGUGAGGUCGAAGAAGUAUGCAUCGGAGAAGGAAGAAACUUUUAUUCCUCGUGGAGCUGUUUACAGAAACGCUUAUGCAUUUCAUCAAAGCCAAAUAGAGAUGGAGAAGAAAUUCAAAGUGUGGGUAUACAGAGAAGGAGAGUCACCUUUAGUACACAUGGGUCCAAUGAACAGUAUAUACGGCAUUGAAGGCCAAUUCGUGGACGAGAUCGAGAGAGAAACGAGCCUAUUCACGGCUAGUCACCCCGAGGAGGCUCACGCUUUCCUCCUCCCCGUGAGCAUUGCCAAUGUCGUCCAUUACCUAUACCGGCCACUCGUGACCUACUCGAGAGAACAACUUCACAAUGUGUUUCUUGACUACGUCAAUACUGUGGCUCACAAGUAUCCUUAUUGGAACAGAAGUCUCGGAGCUGACCAUUUCUUCGUUUCUUGCCAUGAUUGGGCACCAGAGGCCUCGGGAUCGAACCCCAAGCUGAUGAAAAACCUGAUAAGAGUUCUCUGUAAUGCCAACACAUCAGAAGGUUUCAUGCCCCAAAGAGACGUCUCAAUCCCGGAGAUCAACAUCCCGGGGGGCCAACUAGGCCCACCUCGGUUAUCUCGCGCUUCGGGCCACGACCGACCCAUUCUUGCUUUCUUCGCAGGCGGUUCACACGGCUAUAUCCGCAAGAUUCUGCUGCAGCAUUGGAAAGACAAAGACGAGGAGGUUCAAGUCCAUGAGUACUUAACCAAGAACAAAGACUACUUCAAGCUAAUGGCCAAGGCAAGGUUCUGUCUCUGUCCUAGUGGCUAUGAAGUCGCUAGCCCUCGAGUGGUUGCAGCGAUUAACUUAGGUUGCGUCCCUGUCAUCAUCUCUGAUCAUUACGCCUUGCCCUUCUCGGACGUUCUUGAUUGGAGUACGUUCACCAUUCAUGUUCCUUCUGAGAAGAUCCCAGAGCUCAAAUCGAUACUAAAGAGCGUGUCUUGGAGACGCUACUUGGUGUUACAGAGAAGGGUUUUGCAGGUUCAGAGACAUUUCGUUCUCAAUAGACCGUCCCAACCGUUCGAUAUGCUUCGAAUGCUUCUUCACUCUGUUUGGUUGAGAAGGCUCAACUUGAGGUUGCCUUUAUGA